ACCCUCUAUUAAAUGUCAACUUUUGCGCCAAUUUCGUUUGUUUUGUUGUUUUCGAUUUUCGUCCGUAUUUCAUAUUUUAACAAUUAUUACUAUUUCUAUUCUUUGUGGUGAUAAUGGAGGGUGCGGUGACUCCGGAGGGUGGGCGCCGCACUCGUGCAGCCCUGGCCGAGAUCCCUGCUCGCUUGGACCGUCUCCGAGUCACACCUUUACAGCCGCUAACAAAUACUAGAGACCGCUCACCGGCUCUACCUCCCAGCUAUCUUAGUCCGGCGCCAUCACCUGAUGAAUUGCUUAUUCAACAGAGAGGUCGCAAACGUCUGCCGGUCACGUGGUCGCCGGACAUUGACAUAAAAAGAAAUUCUACAUUCCACUCGGCUGUUCGCACGCCACCUAAAAACUCGGGCCGCUUUUCUCCACUGAAACCAGCAGUUACUUUACGGUCCACGCCACGUAAACGUUUACUCCUAGGCGACUCUGACAGAAUUCCUUUGACACCAGAGAAAAUAGACUUCAGUGAUAUAAGUACACCACAGAAAUUUAAAAUAACCAGCCCUAUUAAAGGCACUCCUCCAAAUAAAAGACCGAGGAUUGAAAAAACAUUGGAGUGUAAGGGACCUAUUGAUGUGGCGUUGAAAGGUUUAAGCCCUAGUCAGCUAAUUGACAUUAUUAAAACGGUCACAUAUAAACAUCCGAAUAUUGAAGAUGAGAUCAGAAGAGAUAUGCCGAUGCCUGAUUUGUCGCCACUUGAAGAGAGACUUCAUUAUUUGAAGUCAAAUAUUUUUAAAGGCCUUCCGACGUCGCGACUCACUUCCAAGACCGAUUCGCCGGCGUAUUCACGUGUUUCCACUCACUUGGCAGCAUUCAAGAAGUGUUUAGUCGAACAAGGGAAACUUUUAGUGGAAUCUCAACAUUGGGAGUCUGUCAUUCAGUAUGUUUUUCUGGCUUGGAAUUACGUCAGAGCCACGCCUGUCUGGGAUCAUCAGGCGCACAACACUUACAGAAAGCAAUGCUUUCGUGCAUUGACUACAUUCUGCAUGACAGCUCUGAAGAAAGGGAUUUUGGAAAAGGAUCUAUUGAUCGAUAUCCAAGACAAGCUACAGAGCAUGAUUGCAGAUAGUGAAGAAAUCCAAUCAUGUUUAAAACAAAUUCAUGGACAACUACUGGAUUUGUGAGUGGUUACGAUUAUUUUAAGAGUGUUCCUUUUUUAUUUUUCUUACUAUUAUGGCAAAUAUUUGUUUUUAAGCUAUUCUUUGCAUUUUAAUUUAUAAUUUGAUUUUAUGGUUUUGUUUGUCAGAUAUUAUGGUAUGUUUUAUUCUGAAGCCAUAAUCAUGAUUGGAAUCAAAUACUUCAUGAAAUUUUAAGCUUGUGUUCCUCUAUUUCUUUUACCUAAUAUGGUCUUGUAUUAUGCAUUUGAUGAAGCAUAUUUGUUUCUUUUCAAUGAAGCUGUGAAAAAUACCAAAACAAUUUUCUUCCAUGUAAGAUUAUAAUCAUUGUUAAUUCUAUAAAUAUGUGUAGAAGAAUGAAAUAUGGCAGUGCCUUUGCUGUAAUUAGAAAAGACUGAUAAAUAAAUGCAAUUAUAAAAAUCUAAAACUAAUAGGUACUUAAUGGAAAGAAAAUCGUACCUACAAUUAUUUAUGUCAUGAAAACAAUCCCUAAAUUUUUGGCUGUUUGUAAAAGUCAUAUUAUUUAACAACAUCAUUUAUUAAUGUUUAACACACAUAUUUAUAAGACAAGACUAUGUUCAAGUUAAUCGAGUCAAACCAAUAUAAUUUUACACUCGAAACUUAUUUGAGCCUAUUUCAAUUUUGACCGAAAUAGUACGGGGUUAAUCCAUGAAAAUAAUCAUUAAUCUUGAACUUAAUACUUUUGUAAAUGUUCUUUCUCAAUAAGUAACAAUAUAGUAGUGCCUUUUGUAUAAAGUACAUUUUUUUCAUUGCAUAGUAAUACCAAUAUAUUGUAAUCGUACAAUAAGUAGUUUCUAAAAAUGUCAUCAGUCCUAGUGAAAUGAUAAUUUAGUGAAUAAUGUAUAUGUUUCGUCUAAUUGUUUGCGAUUAAUUAAAUACUUUGUUCAAUUUAAUGAUGUGCCUUAGUUACACAAAUUGACCAAAUAUCAUAUUGAUAUUAUAUCCAAUUUAUUCAUUGUGUAUUAGUUUUAAGCACGAU